AUGGCUCGAGAGAAGGUUUCAUGGACACAUCUGAUCACUGGAUGUUACAAGGGUAGGAGUCAAUCGGAGCCAAAGAAAGUUAAUUCUAAAAUACCUUCUUCCCCGAGGAAAUCGUUCACAGACUUCAACAUUCCAGGCUCACCAUUCUCCUUAGAUAUCUCUAAUUCUUCCAUAGGCAAUAACCUUCAUGUCUUCACACUUGCAGAGCUAAAAACCAUUACACAAAACUUCUCUCAGAAUAAUUUUCUUGGUGAAGGAGGGUUUGGUCCAGUUCAUAAAGGCUAUAUAGAUGAAAAGAUUAAGCCUGGUCUUAAGCCUAUGCGUGUUGCUGUUAAGCUCUUGGAUUUGGAUGGUUUGCAAGGCCAUAGGGAGUGGCUGACGGAGGUGAUAUUUUUAGGACAAUUGAUGCACCCAAAUCUUGUAAGGUUGAUUGGGUAUUGCUGUGAGGAGGAGAAUAGGCUCUUGGUCUAUGAAUAUAUGGUCCGAGGAAGCUUAGAGAAUCAACUCUUCAGAAAUAGAUUUUCUGCUAGCUUGCCAUGGACAACGAGAAUGAAAAUUGCACUUGGAGCUGCUGAGGGUCUGGCCUUUCUCCAUGAAGCAGAGAAGUCUGUAAUAUACCGUGAUUUUAAAGCGUCCAAUAUCUUGCUAGACUCUGAUUACACGGCAAAGCUCUCUGAUUUCGGGCUUGCAAAGGAUGGUCCGGAGGGAGAUGACACACAUGUUUCCACUCGGGUUAUGGGUACACAAGGCUACGCAGCUCCUGAAUAUGUAAUGACAGGUCAUUUGACGGCAAUGAGCGAUGUGUACAGCUUUGGAGUUGUUCUACUAGAGAUACUAACAGGGAGACGGUCCAUGGACAAGGCCCGACCCAUCAGAGAACAAAACCUCACGGAAUGGGCCAAGCCGUACCUCGGCGAUUCUCGAAAAGUGGAUCGGUUAAUGGACCCUCGACUAGAUGGACAGUACUCCAUAAAGGGGGCCCAGAAAGCAGCCCAAUUGGCUUACCAAUGCUUAAAGGACAACCCAAAGUCUAGACCAACCAUGAGUGCCGUGGUUAAGACUCUAGAGCUCAUGCAAAGCUUCGACGAUAUCCCGGUUGGACAGUUUGUGUACACGGUGUCUCCAUCUCCGAGUAGAGACAAACCAGAAACUGAACCAAAUAAGAAAGAGAGCAAUGAGGAAACCAAAACACUAAAAUUAGAUGAUGAUGACAAUGAUGAUGACGAAAAGAAGUGUAAUAAUAAGAAAAAAGAUGAUGAAAUGGAAGGAUCAGAGGAUGAUGAUGAGGAGAAGAAUAAGAAAGACAAGAGUCACCACCACAAGCGCCGACGGAGUCCCGGACAUCGCCAUAAAUCAACAAUAUCUCCUGUCCACUCUGAAACGUCACUGUACAAGUAUUUCAACAAUGGCUUGAAUUCUCCUAAGCGUAACCAUUGA